AUGUCAAACCCCAACGACCCCCCUCUCGACGAGAUCCAAUGGCGCUCCCCGAUCGCGAUCGCCAACAUGGGCGGCCUGCACAGCAACAGCAUCCUCUUCUACUUCGCCGAGUCGCCCUUUUUCGAACGCACGUCUAACAAUGCCGUCGUCUACAACCAGGCCAUGAACAACUCGGCCAUGUUCUCCGACAUUCAGACCCGCGAGGCCUUUGAGGGCCGUCUUAACACUAUGGCUGGACUCGAGUUUCGCGUCGCGGAGGAGCCUGCUGAGACGGGACCUGGGGCUGGUACUGGUGUGUGGGUGAUUCGCAAACAGACACGGCGGAAGCACUACGAGGCUAGGGACGAGAUCAUUGUUCAUGCUUCGUACUUUGUGGUGGGAGAGAAUAUCUAUAUGGCGCCUACCCUCAAUGACAUUCUAGCGGCGAGGAUCAUGACAAUGUCCUCGGCGAUCGCGCGAGCAGCAUCCUCCGCUGAGAGCAUCAGGAAGUGGCGUCCUUCUCUCGGCCACGUGUACCAACUACCCUCGAACCAACCCCCAGCACGAUCCAAGGCCCAAGAUUCUGCUGCCGCCACGCCAAUGCCCGAAGAAGCAAGCAAGGCCUCCGCUCUUCCUGCGACGGCGUCUCAGAAGGACGACGAGGCAUCGCUGGAGAGGCUUGUGGAGGAAUCCCUCAUGGUUCACAUGAAAUACGGCGGCGAAUACAUCGACGAGAACCCUAUCACCGGUCGUCCAGGAGAAUUCCAUCUUUCAUCCACCGGUCGCAAGGUCAUCCCUCCACCUCAACUUGCCAAGUCUGAGGGCAUUGGGAGUAUCAGCGGGCCAACUAUCAACACCAAGGUCGAUGACAAGAAGGACGACAAAAGCAAGACGCCCAAGUCAGCGACCAUGUCAAAGCCGCGGCGCAAGAAGAGCAAGAUGUUGAGCACCAGCACACCCGCUGCAUCCUGA